AUGGCAUAUUCAGACAUGUAUGAUUUGAUGGAAUUUACUGAAAAAAUGGUUAUGGAAAUACUGAAAAAUUUCAAUAAUGAUUGUGGUGGUAGUAAUAAUAGUAGUAAUGAUCAUCAUGUGUUAGAUUAUAAGACUAGUAAUAAUGAAAAUUUGAAAAUAGAUUUUAGUCUCCCUUUUAAACGCAUUGAUAUAAUACCAACUUUAGAAGAUAAGUUGAAGGUCAAGUUUCCGUCACCAAGUAAAUUGCACACUGAAGAAUCUAGAUUAUUUCUUGAACAAAUAUGUAAUGAUCAUAAAAUAACAUGCAAUCCACCAAAAACUAAUUCAAGAUUAUUUAAUAAGAUUAUUGAUAAAAUUAUUGAAACAGAAUGUAUAUCACCAACAUUUAUAGUAGGAUUUCCAAAGAUGAUGUCACCAUUAGCCAAAAGUCACAGAGAAAUUGAAGGUUUGUGUGAACGGUUUGAAUUGUUGAUAGCAAGACGGGAGAUAGUUAAUGCAUAUACUGAAUUGAACGAUCCGUUUGAACAACGUGGACGAUUUGAAGAACAGUCACAGCAACGAGAUCAAGGGGAUGACGAGGCACAAUUAAUUGAUGAGAGUUAUUGUAAAAGUUUAGAAUAUGGUUUGCCACCAACGGCUGGUUGGGGUAUGGGUAUAGAUAGAUUAAUUAUGAUAUUAACAAAUAGUUCAUCUAUUAAAGAG